AUGAACAAGGCGAUCAACGAGCUGAAGCAUGGCCUCAGAUCUUCAAGCUCCAAGAAGGACGAGGACGACAACGAGGAAGAGUCUGUUGGAGAGGAGGAGGACUCUCACCUCCGCGACAAAGGAAAGAGUAUAAAAUUUAACUCGAUGAGGAGGAGUUUGCCGGCCCACAUCGUUCACCUCUACGACACCGAGGCCCUUUCGAAGCCAAGUCCCCGCGAGUUCAGGACGCAGGUGAUCAACCAGCUGUUCACGAAGUUGAAGAACGGCAGAUACUCGUUGAAUGCGGAGAAACCUAUGUUUCAAGAGGCCAAGAAGCUCUACGAGCGCAAAUACGGCAAGGAUUCCGAGACCGGAUUGCCGAAGAGCGUGUUGAAAGGGCUCUACUUUCAGAACUCGGAGAGCGCCUUUCAAGAGGCCAUUAGCAGUGGCGAUGUGUACGUCAUGAACUCCGAGGAUGGUGUGGAGGGCACUACUCGGGAACAGAGUGUCCUCAAGGAGAAGAAGAUCACAGCUGAUCAGUCCAACUGCUUGGAGGACUUGUUGGAGCAGCUGAAUUGGAGCUUCAAUUGGAAGAAGACGGACGCGAAGUCCAUGGUCGAAGGAGAGAAGCUUCCUGAGUCAGUUCUGAAGCUGCUCACACAGGCCAUCACCAGUGAGACCAAGCUGUCGGGCGAUGCUUUCAAGCUUCUCAAGAAGAUUGGCGACGAUGGCGGCGCAGACUACAAGGGUCUGAAGCUCCUGUACACCGAGAGCCAGACGCAUUUGUCUGACCUGAAGCACAUCAAGGACUUCAAGGAGUUUCCUGGCGAGAAGGACCCCCCUCUGACCAAGGAAGCCUUCGAUUUGCGCAUGAAAAAGGUCGCGGCCCAUGCCCAGAAGUUGAACGAGGCCAUUGAAAGCACCAAGGGAAAGAUGAAGGUGUCAAAAGCCACGACGACGAUGAGGCUGAUGAGCGAACAGUUGGAGCAACUUUACUCCAUCAGCGCCUUGGAGGGGCCAGCUGUGGACCUAUGCUACUUGGAGCGCUUGGGGCGGCAGAAGCAGAUGCCCUCUGUUACGCCUGGAUCACCGCAGCAAAACCUUGAUCUUUUGUGGUCUGAAAUCAAACACCUCUACCACCAGCACAAUACAAAGGUCAGGUACCGGUAUUUGAACAAGUUGACGAUGUUCCUUCGGCAAAACGGCACGCCCAAGCUCCGCGGCAAGGCCGGCGAAAUUCGCCAUUUUGCUGAUAUUAUUGUGCAUUUGUGGCAAAGACACAUGUCUUCAGAGUUGCUUGUUCACAAGCAAAUUCAUCUACUUCUGAAGCUUAGUGCGCGCAUGGAGCAGCUCAUCACGGACAACCGUGAGGAAAUCGCGUUCCCUGCGCCUGAGGCCAGGAAGUUCGCCAAGGCAUGUCAGGAGAUGUUGAGCCUCCACGCUGUGUUGGCCAAUCACUUUGCCGAAGAAGAGACUGACCUGUUCACCUUGACCAGCAAGUGUCACAUGCUGCAGCACAUUUCCUUGUUGGCUGGUUGCAUCAACCCACGUUUAGUGUGGUGCUUUUCCGGCGAGGACAUGCAAAACCGCGUGCAACAACUCGCACAGGCGUCUGUCAAGGGCAACAACGCUGCCUUCACACUGGCAUGCGCCCGAGCUUCCUUGGCCACCCUGGUUGGAAAACAACCUUCAGAGCUUGCUGGCGACAUCACAGUCGACAGCAUUGCGCCAAAUCAUGGGAAAGGGCGCUUUGAUAUCCUGGACUUGAGGGGCACAACACGCGAAGAGAUCUUGGCAAGGGAAUUCCGCGUUGCCCACAGCAUGCUCGCUGCCAACAACCUCAUGUGUGAAAACUUCAACUGGCUUCAAGACGUUGUCGAAGACAUUGAGAUGCUUCACAUAGAUUUGACAGGUUUUGUCAUCCAAUAG